AACAAAACUUCACACUGGUUUGUUAGCGACGCAUUAAAACGCGAACUAUGUGACAUUCUUUGCAAUUUAGCUUGCUUAGAUGGCUAUACCUCCCCUUUUGAUCAAGGGGCAUGGAUGUAGAUUUGCAGGGGUCUCACCAUUGUGCCCCUAGAGGUUUCAGAUUAUACGACAACCUCCUCAUGGACAAUGACGUAGCGGCUCGUGUCGACUAGCUCGAACGCGCGAGACAGCGGUGCGCUUUGGAGUAGGAAAGUCGUCUGCGCGAGAGCAAGGCUGCGGGGAAAAAAAAAAAAAAAAAAGAGACCAAGUGGCGCGUCGGCUGGGAUGGAGCUGAGCAUUUUCCAUCUUAAACCGUGAACGCAGCGUUUUCCGUGGCGUGCGUCCAGCGUCCGCGUCGUCUCCGUUUCGAUCUGUGCCUUUAAGGAGAGCUGCGCGAGCUAGCCGUGUGCUCCAGUCCCGGGCGCGGGCGCGUUGAUGUAGCUCGCUCGCUAGCUCGGCCUCGCGGCUAAAGAGGGCAGCAGAAUGGUGGCUUGAUAGGCGCCUUUUAAUUUCCGCGAGGAAAGGAGCGUUUCGUUGCGCCGAGAACCGAGACGUCGUCAGUUCUCUGGCGUGCACGUUUCCACUCGCCCUGGUAGUGUCGUACGAGCCAGCUAGCGAUUCAUCUACUGCACGUUAACAAAGUCGCCGAGCUUCGUCGCUGCCUUUUUUUCCCCUUCCAUACCGAGACGAAGCCUUUUUCCAAUUAGCUCACCAGCCUUUAUGGUUGGUUUUCUCGAUCCGUGGAUUCUGGUCGAUUUUUACACCGUGCAUUCCCAUAAUCUCAAGAACCAGACGAUCGGUUGUUGGGGUUUUUUUUUCUCCCGACGGUCUCAGAAAAGAUAUUCGCGACUUUUAUUUCAAAACUGGCGGUUUCUGCCUAGCGGAUGGGGAGUUAAUUGGCUCCUGCACGGACUUGGUCUGGUGUCGUUGAUAACGAUGCGCUGCUCGCCGCUCACCUACUCGACAACAACGCACUGUUUUGCCGAGACACUCUGAACCGUUGGAUCUGGGAUACUUGAUGUAGCUUGUUGGAUCGUACGUUUUUAUUUUUUGACUGUUUGCUUGUGCUUUCAGUGUUUGCGGCACGACUCACUCAAGAUUUGAUUUUCUGUGCCACUGCUACGUCCGAUCACAGCCGUUUUUUUUUUGAGCAAGCGCAUGUGGUCGGAUUUUUCCCCCCAUAUUUUUUGUUGUGAAGCCACUCGCAAACAUCCAUGCCCGUUCAACAGCGGUUUUUACACACAACUUCGUCGCCUACCGUUUUUUCUUCACGUGUGAUUUAAUUGCAUGUGCCUUUUAAUCCUCUUUAGGAUCGUUAUUGAUAGAUUUUCGUGGGCCUUGGUACAUGAUUGCGGACGCAGGUACCUAACUCCAUUGUAAAUACCCCCCCCCCCCCUUUUCGUUUGUGGUGGAAAACGGCGAGGUUGCUUUGAAAGUAUGGAUGAUCAGACCCGAAUGAUGACGGGUCUAGGACUCGGCGGAAUACCGCAAGCCGACGUAGGCGACCCAGAUUCGGUUCGGAAGCAGCAAUCCCUCGGUCAGCCACAGCAAGACAUCGGGGAUAUCCUUCAGCAGAUCAUGGCCAUCACCGACGAGAGCCUGGACGAGGCACAGGCGAGAUGCUGGCCAGAGGAGGGAGCGGCCGAGUGGGCCGGAAGAGGCGACCCCACGGAGGGAGGGGGCGCUGGGGGGGGCAUGGCAGGGGGCGCCCUGCCGCUCAGCGUCCAGCACAGAAAACACGCCCUGAACUGUCACCGAAUGAAGCCGGCUCUCUUCAGCGUUCUUUGUGAGAUCAAAGAGAAGACUGUGUUGAGCAUCAGAGGUGUGCAGGAGGAGGACCCGCCGGACCCUCAGAUCAUGCGCCUGGACAACAUGCUGCUGGCCGAGGGCGUUUCCGGACCGGAGAAGGGUGGGGGCUCGGCGGCGGCCGCGGCCGCGGCUGCAGCAGCCGGCGGCUCGCCCAAUGACGGCAGCAUCGAGCACUCGGACUACAGGGCCAAGCUGGCGCAGAUCCGCCAGAUCUACCACUCAGAGCUGGAGAAGUACGAGCAGGCCUGCAGCGAGUUCACCAACCACGUGAUGAACCUGUUGCGAGAGCAGUCACGCACGCGGCCCAUCUCGCCCAAGGAGAUCGAGCGCAUGGUGGCCAUCAUCCACCGCAAGUUCAGCUCCAUCCAGAUGCAGCUGAAGCAGAGCACGUGCGAGGCCGUGAUGAUCCUGCGCUCCCGCUUCCUCGACGCCAGGCGCAAGAGACGCAACUUCAACAAGCAGGCGACGGAGGUGCUGAACGAGUACUUUUACUCCCACCUGUCCAACCCCUACCCCAGCGAGGAGGCCAAGGAGGAGUUGGCCAAGAAGUGUGGCAUCACCGUCUCUCAGGUCUCUAAUUGGUUUGGCAACAAGAGAAUUCGGUACAAGAAGAACAUCGGCAAGUUCCAGGAGGAGGCGAACCUGUACGCCGUGAAGACGGCGGUGGACGCAGCCAAUGCGUCGGCGCAGGCUAGCCAGGCCAACUCCCCAGCAACCCCCAACUCAGGUGGAUACCCUGCACCGUGCUACACACCUGACGGACGGCUAUGAGGAGCUGGCAGGAGGUGCAGUUUACACCCCGCACCACUUUGACGCCAACCGCAGGACGAGCCAGACCCGUCCACCUGCCCUCCAUCCGAACAGCCCAGCAGUGUCCACCAGGACACCUCCAACUGAGUCGUGGAGCUUCCACCCCCCCCCCCCCCCCCCCGCCC